CAUGAAACAUUACAGGGAACAUUGGUCACCACCACACUUUAGUCUGUGGAUUCGUUAACGUUAGCUUAUAGUUGUUUCUGGAGCAUAAAUACACAACUCAGACAGGUAGAAGCUCGCUGUUAACUGAUUUAGAACCAAAAAGUAGGAUUUUAAAUUAGACAGGAACAGGGAGGCCAGCGCUGGGGUUACAGGCUCCUUAGUGCCCGUCAGCAGGCGAGCAACUGCAUUUGGACCAACUGGAGAUCAUGAAGAGAGGCCUGGUCCAAACCAAAGUACAGAGAACUGCAGCAGUCCAGUCUGCAAGUAAUGGACACAUGAAUAACACGUUCACAGACAUCAGCUGCAAGGUGUGGCUUUACCUUGGCUUGCUGUCUCCGAUGGACAACGCUGGAGUGGACUACUGCGCUCACCUGACUACACAGUUUGACCUCCAAUAGGAAAGAUCACCGUGUUAAAAGCUAACUAACUAACCAGGCUGCUCCUUUGGUAAAAUUCCCUUCCAGGUUCCUGUGUGUGCCUUUGCUGGUUAUAGGAGUGCUUUCAGCCUGUCAUACUCAGCCGCCUCCACAGGACGCUGCUUAACUCCGCACUCGCCUGCCUGCUCACCCUCCAAUGCUCCCUUUUCACUGGUGCAAUAUCCACGUGGAUUACUGGAAACGCUGCCUGGACUCAUUCUCUUCUUCUCCUCACCAAGACCACAUCCUUUCACUGAUCUGUGCCACCUCCUGGCAAACAUUAUCCCGUGUGAGUGUACGAUACAGAACGCCGAACUAGGUCCUGCUGUUUGUGCUGGGCUUUAGAUUGGUUAACAAUGAUCGCCUCAGGUGCUGGUGGGCAGCAGGGUGCCGGUACAAAUGUGCUACUCUUACAUGAAGACAAAAGAAGAGGCAACAAGAGAGAAGGAAAGGUAGGCGUGUGGCAGUGAGGGACUGUUACAGGGAGAGAGCUGGCUGAUAUGAUGGAGACAGAAGGAAAGAAGGCAGAUAUAUGCAGGAGAGCAAGCAAAGUUCCAACUGUUCCAUCAUGGUGUGGACAGGAAGUGAAAUGGAGGAGAAGAUAAAAUAGUCUGGUGGAGGUAAGUGUCAGACAGGAGCAGGUGGAAGAAGGAUGAAUGGAGGAAGCUCAGAGGAUAAUGUACCUGUGCAGGUGUGCAGCUGUGGCACUCUAACCAGGCUGUCUGGUACAUGAUAGAGGAGUACCAGUCUAUGCAGAGGGGACAAAGUGGGUGGCCUCUGUCCCUUAACAGGGUCGUGGACCAACUAUUGAUCAUGUGCCUCACCACACGCGACAAGGUGUAAAGACAGGCGGCAGCGGAUCUGUGGAAGCUGUGAUGUUUCUUACAUGUCAUUCUGUUUUCACUGCGCAUUCAACCAUACUACGUCCACGCGUGUGCUGUGUUGAUAACAUUCUGUCAUUUCCACGGUACAAAAGUGGGACAGCUCUUAGAGCCAAGCCUUCUGUUUGUGUGGGUGUCCCCAGCACGCGCACGCAGGAAGUUCCUUUCCUGUCGAGAACGCGAGAUGACGUAAGCUGCUUGCCGCGCAGUGAUGAUGGCGGUUCGUGAACGCGCAGUAAAAGUAAUGGCUGCUCUGGAUCGGCGGGUUCCUAGCCUCGAUGAUUUCGUGGGUCAAAGCUGGACUGCCUGGGCCGAUUGGGCGGGCAUGACGCCGGCGGAUGGGCCUGAUGUGGAUGACUGCAAUAAGAAUGGCAAAAAGGCUGCAGAGGCAAUGUCACUCAGUAAAGAGGACAUGUCCAUCUUUGGCCUCUACCCUGGCCAUGACGACUUCUACCUGGUGGUUUGCAGCCAUUGCGGGCAGGUCGUGAAGCCACAGGCCUUUGAAAAGCACUGCGAGCGGAGACACGGGCCUGUGGCCAAGCUGUACGCCCGCUUACGCUCUCCCACCCCGGCACCGCAACCCCAACAGAGAAGCCAUCACGGCCCCUCUCCUCCUCAUGGGACCAACGCUGCUUCGUGGGAGGGUCGAAACCAGGGAGUCGGGCAGCUCCGGGCGGCUCCACCUUCACCCGUCACACCACCACAGUACAGAUACUCAAAGACUUCCAAGGACGGAGUGCGACACUCCCCACUGGAGAAGUCCCACAGCAGUCACUUUGACUCUUCGGUAUUCAAGCAGCCACCACCUCUCGAGCCUCCCAUGAGCUCCCCACCUCCGUCUCUCAGAGAUCCCCCUUGGCCACACGGAGCUACUCCGCCUGGUAGAUCUUCACCCAGUGACAGGCACCCCACAGUGAGAAAGGAUUCCACUCAAACCUCCGCUGCCACACGCCACCGCAUCCCCAGACCCUACAACAAAGUGGCUUCCAAGAGGAAGUGCGACUUGGACAAACACUGCGGCGUCCUUGACCCAGACAGGAAGAAAGUGUGCACCCGCCUCCUGACAUGCAAUAUUCACUCCAUCCACCAGAGGAGGAAGGUGGUGGGCCGCAGCAAGAACUUUGACCAGCUAGUGGCAGAACUCAAGACCAGGGUUCGAGAGAAAGGGAGCCCAGCCCUGGAGGGAGGCUCCUCGACGGGACAGUCCCUCAGCCCAGAGGCCCCCAGGGAGCAAGCUGGUACUCCACACUGCAGGAGACCUUUGGUCACCCUCCCUGCCUUCAGUUGGCCUACGGCUGUGGUAGAGAGUGCCCCAGAGGAGGAGAGCCAGCGGUCGGAUGAGGGUAAUCCCAGAGUCCCCUCGCCUCUGGUCCACGGACGAAUCUCGAGCGAUGAAAGCGAGGCAGAAGGAAACGACGAGCGAGCUGAGUUUCCAUCUUCGGCUGCGCAUCCCAGACCAGCGGCGGUGUGCUCGUUUGGAAGCCGUGUGUUGGGUCAGGGCAUCUACACGUUUGACAGGAGACUACACCACCUGAGGUCUGCCUUCAGCAGCAUGCUGGAACAGCACAUCAGCGCCCAUCUUUGGAAGAAAAUACCUCAAGCUGCAGACCUUCAGUCUCCUCCUCCUCCAGCCAAGACCAUCACAUCCGUGUCUCCCACCAUCAUGUCCUCCUCUUCAUCACAUUCUAAGGUUCGCACAGGAAGUCAUAUUAGCUCCUCCCUCAAAACGGCGUCAUCUUCAUCAUCUUCCAGUCGAGGGCCGGGGAGGCCCCCGACAUCCACGCAGUUGGAGAACUACGGGAGCAAUAGCAGCAGCAGCAUCGCCGGUAGUCAUGGCGCGCCUGCGGCGACGCGCUACCCUAGUCCCGGGAGACCCAAGAAUCCAGUCGGACGUCCCAGCAAGCAAAUGCUGAAGCUGCGAGAGCAAGUCGCUACAGCCGCUGUUCUCCGCAAGCGCAAAGUCCCAUCCCAGGAAGGAGAGCACUCUGGUCCCGACAGGAACUGCAUCGUCCUCCAGGACAGGGGCCGCCCGCCUUCCAACACGUCGUCUUUAUCUUCCAAAGCGCACGCACAGACCAAUGGCACGCUCUCCCCCAGCAGCAAACCCCACCCCCAGCCUUCCCCCACAGACGCCCAGUCGCCGACCACAAAGGCUAUUUGGACUUACAGACGGACACACCCUCCUCUGGGGGACCCUUCUCCCACCGCCAAUUCCCACAGCCGUGCUUGCGUGGGAGACUCAGGGCUGCACGGGCAGGGCAGCGGGAGGGUCUUUGAGCACCAGAUGGGAACGGUGAAGAAACGCAAAGCUGGUCGUACGGAGGAUAACGCUCCCUCCUCUAAGCCUUCAGCCCACUGCCUGACUUCCUCCUCUUCUUCCAGCUCUGCCACUUCGUCUCCACGCUCAAACUUCUACCCCUGGAAAGACAAUAAAAGCGGGACGCUUUCUGGGGGUGUGGAGAAGAAACUGGGCACACAGAAGGUAGGUUUGGACGAGGGGAAAUGGGUGUACUGAGCAGUUCCAGUCCACACUUGGCCCCUGCAAAGGCGACUAGGAGUAACCCUUGAAGCUCUUUUGAGAACGGAGUGGUUUCUGUUGUGUUUCUGCUUGUAUGGCUGCGUUAGUGAGGGCGGCCUCUGCCUGUGCAGCUACCUCACAGCUCGUCACCUGUGUUCACUGGUGUAGCUGAUGAGACUGCCUCUGCACAGCUGAAAGGAUGCUGCCAGUCAGACAGUUUGUACCGUGCAACCAGCUCAGUGCCUCACAGUGCAUGUAGAGGAAUCAUGUUUCUGCAUAGACGCAGCAGUGUACUGCUGACGUGUUGAAGGUGCAGCUGCUGCCCUCUGGGUAAUUACAAAGUGCCAUAGAUAAGUCAGGUCAUACUCCUCAGAGUCUCUGUUGUCAGCGACGUAGUCUUGGACUAGACUAACACAGGUCUGCUGCAAGGUAUUAAAAAUGACUAUUACUCAACCGAGAGCUGUUUCCGUGACGCCCAGCAGCGGUGGACAGAAAUUCCCGCCACGCUCCGAGGAGCGGUCUUAAACUGGCUCUGUGUGAAACAUGGAUCUUUGUUUAUUAUGAAGUGAAUGCAAAGAGCAGCUGUCUAAACAAAAGUAAUAAUUUGACUAAUUUUCUUUUGUCCUACAGCCAAAACUGCACCAUUAAGUGUGCCUGCCUUACAAGCCACGAUGAGGGAGCCAGCUCUGCUCAGUCCAGGACUGAGCCAACAGGACUGUGUGUGUCUGUGUGUGCCUUCUGUCUGUGGAGCGUACGCUCGGGUGUGGAUGUGACCGCUUGUUUGUAUGUGCAGUGUCGAUGUAGUGUGGAUCGCAGCUGGGUGUGUAGGUCUGGGUGAGUGAAGGAGGGUGGGAGGAGUUCAGAGCGUAUGGAUUUAGAAAUACCUCACGACCAUCUGGUUAUGCUGCUAAAUGAAAUGUUGGUUUAUAAAAAUUGAUUAAAAAUGUCAUUUUCA